AUGGGCAUUCUCCGCUGUUUCGGCACUGCCGGCAAUGGGACCUUCGAAGGCCCAGCCACUUGCACAGCAGUCGAAUCGGCUGCGUGGCCAUUCGGACAACCAGCACGGCUUCUGCGAGAAAUCCAGGAGCAUUCCUUGAAGAUUGGCGCAGUCCGCCUCCGCCCGCUCCGCCAGCAGAUGGCAUCUUUCCUCAAGGUACCCACAAGUUUCGAGGAUGACGAGGAUGAUGCCAGCAAGGCUGCAGACGAUGAGAUCCCACGGCCUCCAGAUAGCCCGUUGAACAACCUGGCAAAGUUCCGGAGCAAACACGCUCGGACACAGGACGGCUACCUCUGUGCGGCUGCUGGUGUAAAGGACGAGCAGGCAUUCACAGGCUGCACCGACCUUCCGGCGCCGGAUGGCACAAACAUUGGGAGGAAAUGGUGUUACAUCGAACCAGCUCAAGUCGAAACGGCAGGCAAAGAGUGGGGCUGGUGCCGCGCAUGGACCGGCUGGCCAGACAUCGUCGACGGGGUGGAGCUGCCUGCAUAG